GCGCCCCACCCCCCUCGGGCGGCCGUAACGAGAGGCUUUUUGUUUUUGCUUCACUCGUCUGCUCUAAAUGAAAUGUUCUUGACGAUUAGAAGACGUUGACGGCGAUUUUAUCCUUUAUUUACCGUGUAAUACAAAAAUAAAAAUACUGUGCUGAGUUUGUCUCGGAGCAGGAAAUAAUUCAAGUGAUUGUUUGAAUGGUUUUGAGGCAUGUGCUAGAGCGAGGUUACACUGGUGUUUAUGUUAUUGUGUUCAUAACCUCGAAAUUAUAUUUGGAAUAUCGCGAGUGAGGAAGAGGUGAUUGAGUUUUGUUACGAUACAUUUUUUAUUAAUGUGAGAAAAUAAAUGGAGGGGGGCCCUAGUGAUAAUGAUAAUUGCUCGGAGAAGCUUGACGACGACGUGAACGACAAAGACUUUGAUAUAAAUGAGUUUGUGAAUCAAAGUGGAGACUCAGAUGAAGACGACAAUCAAUGUGAAGAGGAGACGCAAAAUGUCGAGGAAGAUGAGGAGGAGAGUGAGGAGACAGUUUAUCCUGGAGGACACAGAUUGAACAAGAAGUUCAUCUGCAUUCGUUAUCCUGGCAAUGUUAUUAAUGCUGACAAAGCUGUGGAAACACUGGGGGGAAUUUCAGCGGUUUCCACUGCAAUAACAACAUCAAAUCGUCGCCUAGAGCUUCGACUCCGUCCUGCAGACGGUUUCUGCAAGCCAGCCUGUGGAGAUCGUCAUCCAGUGACAGGUUUCCUCCUCAGAAUCCGCGUGAAGAAGUCCAGAGUCAAUCAGGUAAUGCGAACAAAUCUGGAGAGGGCAUCUCAAGCUCGACCUCAUGAGUCAGCAAUGCCAAAGGAUCCCCUGAGGCCGGUCAUCGAGGACGAGAUCGAGGACGUCACGAAGUACCUCCGAGAGUCAUCGAUCGACCCAGCGGACACAUCUAAACGGGUUCCAUUCCCAGGGCAAUGUGAUCAGAAUGAGAGUACCUCGAAAUUUGAUAAAUUUAAAUGUGAGGAUCUCUCUGGAGCCGCAGACUAUCGUCUCCCCAAGCUGAAGAUCCUGGGGAGGGUCGAGACAGAGUUCAGAUUCACGAAUUUGAGCGAUUUUCAGUAUCUUCCGGUGACGAGGAGCUUGAAGGAUCCCAAGGUGAACGAGUGUAUUUACGAGAAAAUUCAUCCUGUGGGAAUUCCCCCUUACAAGUGGCUGGAGAGCAAGGUACCCUACUUCUUCCCACCGGCUGUCUUCAGCAGAAUGGAUACCGUGCAGGCGUUCUCGUUGAAGACUGAUGCUAAGGAGUCUGGUCAAGACCACAUAAUUGGAAAAACGAGAAAGCGUCGUGCAGGUCUCUCCAACUACAUCCACUUCACCACAACGACGAUCCCCACAGGUCCACCCAGAGGCAUGGAGACAGCGAUGAAAGUAAAGUUCCUAAACACUGAUCACUUGGAGAAAUUGAAGGCCCUCUUCGAGGAGAGGCCGAUCUGGUCCAAGAAUGCAUUGGCCUACAAAACUAAUUACACUAACGAACAGCUGAAGAUUCUCCUACCGUCCUGUGCGUACUACUUCCUGACUGGACCCUGGAGGAUCAUGUGGACAAAGUUGGGAUAUGAUCCGAGGAAGGAUCCCUCCGCCAGAAAGUAUCAGACCUUGGAUUAUCGACUUAAGUCCAUGCAUGGACUGGAGCAGAAUGUCAAGGGCAAGAGAACUUACUCGAAUUAUAUUCUUCCUUACAAGUCAGCCAACGCUGCUAAAUCUAGGACAGCUGUUCUCAGGACGAUGGAUCUGGAGGGAGGAGCUGCUAAGGGGACCACCAAGUCUGACGAUAUUUAUAUUUAUCGCGAGGGGACUAUUCCGCCGUCGAGACAGAUGUUUUAUCAGUAUUGUGAUGUCCUAUCAGAGGAGAUACAAGGCAUGCUGGAUAAACUGCCAGACCCAUUGCCAGGGACCAAGUGUCACGAGAAGAGAGGAUGGCUACCAAGUGGAUUCAGUGAUCAGUGCAGAGAAAUAAUAAAUCGACAAGUGAAGGCUGUUCUCAGGAAAAAAAUGAACAUUCCUGAAGAUCACCCAACCACUCUUCCCCGGAAACGAAGAAGCAGAUUAAACCUGAGAUUACCCUUUGGGAAGAAUGAGAAGCGGCGAAAACUGGUGGGGAAGAAGAGCUCGGAGAAAAAGAGAAAAUGUGGAAAUUCGUCAAACGAGUCUGAUCCAGACUGGGAAGAUAAUUAAUAACUUGAGUCAAUAGCAGGUUGACGUGCCUUCUUGUGCCCAGUCUGGGACCAUGGGUUGUAGCCCCAUCCUGCUGGACUCUGGUUGGUAGGUGCCAUCUUUUCGCGAUUUGCCGACCAGAACCAUCCGUACAAAGACUUUGGCUCGAGAUCACGACGAUUUUCGCAGCCCUUGAAGUCACAGAGACGACCUGAGGUCCAGAUGUAGGGUACGUCAUCUAGAAAAAUCAGUAUUAUGGAUCAGUUUGUAUUUUUCAACACGUGUUAGAAGUGUUUACACGUGUUAGAUGUUAAUUUACUUUGUUGAAUGAGCCUGAAGAUCAUGUUAUUCUCCUCCUGUGUCUCGAGCGACACCAGGUCCAUGCAGUACUCCCUGCAGAUGUUUCGGGCGUCUAACCAGUCAACUUUAGCGUUCGCAUGAGCAGGUACAUGGCUACUCAGGAAGUAGUUGUGUCCUUUGAAAUUGAAUUCCUUUGGCCCUGAGAAUUAUAAAGAACAAGUUAAUUCUCCGACUGAUUAACUUCGUAAUUAUCUCUGCAUGGGACAUCCAGAGUUAUAUUCUCGAUAAAAACAAUCUCCCAUGAAUGCGAUAAUCAAUGAAAACCCUUGAAAAAAAUCUUAAAUUUUCCAUUUCAAUCGAAUUUGCAAUAAAAAUGGAAAUAAACACUUUGCAACAUCAAGACAACCAUUAACGACAAUUCAUCACCCCGUAUAGGUCACAGGUCAUCAGCGUGUUGCAACGUCGAUCCAUUCUCCCGUCUCAUCGUUAAAAAUGAGAAAUUUAAAAAAUCAUUUACUCAAGAAACUGUUCAAACUAAUUACUUAAUUGCCGUCAAAUUAGCGUCACGGGUGGCUCAAUAAAAUCCAUAGCAUCUCCAUGAAAAAAUCGAUCGACAUAAAUCAUAGGGAUGCGCUUAAAACAAGGCAGUUGAAGAAGAAUAAAUUAAACAAAGUGUAGAAAAAUUGCGAUUAAAAAUGAUCGAGCAGUGGUGAGAGUCUCGAUUACAAGUGGAGGACGUUUAAAUUGAAAAUGUCAACUGUCUUGUUUUUAUAUUUUUUUUCAAACUCAUCGAUGAUUGCCACCGUCGGGAGCUAACGUUAUUGCGAAAUUUUGCAUCUCCACGCGAGUCGCUAGACCUGAAAAACUCGGUCGGGAGUUUAUCCAUGACAUAAUCGAAUAAUUUAAUAAGUGUUUCCCUUAAUUGAAGUUUAAUCAUUAUUAAUUGUUCAGAUGAAAAAACUGUUCACUUCCCAGUGAAAUUGACCGGAUGAAAAAAAUUACCAAAAAAAAACUCAGAACAUUUGGACAAAAUUAUUUUUGCUUUUUAGGAGUUUUGAAAAAAAUCUCAAAUCUAAUGCGCAUUGCGCAUCGUUGAGGCAAUGUUUAUGACGUUGCGUGAAUCCUUGUAGAUCUCCCGCCAGAUAAAAGGAACCCCAUGAAAACCUCGAGAAACAGAUAAAAUCCCCUCAUUGUUUUCGUAGUUAAUUUUCCAUCCUCUUCUCAUUUUCUAUAUUCUCUUUUGUCUAAAAAUCUCCACCCGACUCGGACACUCUUGCGAUAAUACUUCCGGGUACUGACGCAAUAACGAAUAAAAAUGUUUGACCCAAUUGGCUUAAUUGAUCGUAAAUCUCCUCUCGUCUUCUCAAAUCGGUUUAAAAAUUUUUAUCUUCCGUGAGUUUAAAAAAUGAAUGGGAAAAAUUCAGAUACUCGACAAUUUCGAAAUAUCGUCUCCUCGGGGUAUAUUUUUCAUCAGUUAUCAACGUAAAUCAUCACGUCAGAUACUGAUCUUCACUCGUGCAUUACGAAAUUUUUAUUUUCUUACGAAAAAUUCGCUUUUUGAAAAUUAUUCAUCUCUAAGAAGAUUAGUUUCUAAUAAAAUUUUGCUUUCCAUAAUUUAAAUCAUUCAAAGAAUUUUUCAACUGACUUUUUGAUAGCUGGAAAAUCAUUCAUCAGCGAGGGAUCGAUUUUUGUAAAAAAAAAAUUGAUCUCUCAAUUUCUUUAAAUAUAAUAAAUCGAUUGGUUGACCCACUUUUGCGGUUCAUAUUCAACAAUUCUAAAUAAAAAAAAGCGUUUUUCGAAGAUCAGAGGGAAAGGUAAUCCAUGCAAGAUCAUUAGUGGAGUUGAUUGCGGAGUCUGGUUGUACAUCCGUAACUCGGUGCCGUGAACAAAGUCGUAAGGUGAAUUACGAAACAAUUCUGGAUGAGGACGUUUUAAAGCGACUGGAAAAAGGUACGAGAGGGAGUUGUACUGGGAGAAUACUAAAACUCCCACGGCCCGUGAAAAAUACCGGCUAUCCAUCAGCGUUUCUCUCACGUUUUUAUUAAAUACCAGGGGAAAUUGCCAUUUAUCCAUUGAACCAGAGCUCCAAUCGGUUGUCAAAGAUUAUUCAUUCAAAAAUGCAAAAUCCAAGGACUGCGCAUUUUCCAGCACUAAAAAUUCCAUAGAAAAAAUACUCGAAAAUUACGGGUACACAUAUGGAUAUAUAUUACAUUGACCGAAUAUUCGCGAUGUUUUUGCAAAUUUUCCAUUUAAAUGGUACAAAAAAAAUCGAAAUAGCUGAAUUACAAUAAAUAAUUAAUAGUCUGCACAAACAAUUAAUUUUUUUGUUGACUUCUUUUCUCUCGUUUAUAAUUUUUUGCGCUGUUUUACUGGAGCGUAAAAAACAGGAAUAAUAUAAAGAGUUAGAUAAAUAAUCGAGUAAAGACCCGAAAACCCGUAGAAUCCGAUGACGAAAAAGGUCAAGAUUAUUUACAUUGAAAGUCGUCCCGAAAGCAGACUAAAGAAAAAAAAAGUAAUGACACUCGUGACUAGCCUCGUCUCCACAAAACCGCACGAUUCGUCAUCCCAAAGGUUAAAAUAUUUAUGAUUUCCUCCAUUUCCAUUUUUAAUAUCAAAGGAAUUAAGAAAUCGGGGAAUUCCACCUUGAAACAAAAAAGUCCGCGAAGGAGAGAAAAAAAAAAUCCAAUGAAUGUCCAUGUGGACAGUUUUUAGAAAGUUAGUGAUGCCUGAAGAUGCGAUUCACAUUGGUAAUUUUCGUAAGGCAUAAUGUGAUAAUAAUUGUUACAAAAUAAUUGCACGAGAAUGAAUAAAGUCAAGGGAGAUGGAUAGGUCAAACGACCAUAGAACUUUCACUCUUCAAUUGGCCACGAACAAACAAUAAUUUUUCAGUAAGCAAACAAUUAUUUUAAUACUUUCUUCCAUUGUUCAUUGACACAGAUGAACAAUUGCACUUGAGUAAUGUCCCCUUAUUGAUGUUUUAAUCCGACAAAACGACGUCAAUUCAUUACAAUUCAUUAUAACGUUCUUCUCCAGUCUCAUAAGUCUCACAAAACUUCACGAAAUUUUCGAUAACAAUUAUGACACACGUUGACUUGUUUGAGGAGUUUCCGGUGGGUCUCAUAAGUCUCCCAAUGGUACGAGACUCGUCAAUGAUCACUAGAAGACGUCAUCCAAAGUUUCCCAAUGGAUAACAAUUUAUUAAAGUCUUAUGAGAGCUUUGGAGACAAGACUAUCCCUUCGGAGACGCACGAGACUUCAUUAAGUCUCAUAAGUAUAUCACAUUGGAUAGUUUCAGAAAAACGAUUAUAAAGAAAAUAAAUUAACAAAUCUAGUCUCAUGAGCACUUGCGAGUCCAUGGGAGAACUUGGGCAAAGUGGACCAUCUUUAAUGUUCUUUGACGAAAUGAUGCGAUUUGCAGGAACAAAGACUCAUUUUAUGGCUUAAAAAAAUAUAUCGAAACGAAAAGAUAAAUAGUAGAGGCAACUUUUCUCUUCACGUGUGUAAAUAUUGAUAUUUGCCUGGUCUCAAAUUCUACCUUCGUGUUUUUUUCACCGGUGAAAUUUCAUAAUUUCAUUCCACUUCAAAAUAAAGAGAGAAAAAAAACCCUUAAUCAAGUGUUUGUCGUUUGGGAUUAAUCGAGAGACUUUAAAUACUGGAAUCAUCGGUUCAAUCGGCUUCGGGUUAUGGUAAUACGUGUUACGUGAAUAUACACCUGGGUCCCUCCGUGGUCUGAAUUCAAUGGGGGAAAGUGUUACAACACGAUGAGAAUAUUCUUGAGGCACUUUCGAUGGCGUCUGCCAUGGGAUUUGUCUCAUUAUUUUUCUGACCUUCAAAAUAUUCAAUGUCUUAAUCGUUAUUCAUUCUAAUAGCUAGUUUCCACGUGAAGUAAUUUUUAGUUGAUUUUUCUGAGUCUCUUUCUAAUAUUUUCUUACCAUUAUCAGUUUUACCAUGAUCGGUAUUAUUUUUUUAUUCAGGCAGUGGAGAUUUAAAUCAUCGAUUUGCUUAAUGAUGAGGUGAUGAAUUAUCCUACGCGGAGCCCAUGAAAGGCGUCACAUUUUUUUCGCGCCUUUCAACCCGAUGACACCGAUACGAAAGUGCGAAAUUCCUGAGGCUAUUAUUCGCGUCUUCUAAUGGUUGAAUGGACUCGUUUUGUACUUAAAGGCGUCAUUAGGAUAAGUGAAUAGCAGUUUAGCAAUUAUUUACAAAGUGAGAGUUAAAACAGCGUAUAUUUAUGUCAAUUAAAUACUGAAAAAUUGGAGAAAGCGUUAGGUGAUCAACAAAAAAAUAAUUUUUGUUUAAAACUUCAUUUUUUCAAAGAAGAAUUUUUUUAAUUAAAAAAAAACAAUGAUUGUGGAAGAUGGGAAAAGCUUUCUGUUGAUGUGAGAGACUCGGCUGUUUUUUAGGUGAAUUAAAUUUUUGAAUUGACUUUAAAAAUUUUUUUUAGCUUAAAAACUUACGAUUUGCGCAUUUUUGGGCAACAGGCAAAGACAAAAAUCGUCCAGGCCGAUUGCUAUGGGGCCUUGCGUCCUUAAUAGCAGCAUGAACACAACAGGCAAGAGCCAGUACGACCACUAAGGCCAGCUUCAUCUGAAAUCCCAAUUUUCAAACUAUAGUAUCACCACGAGGUUCAUUAACAAGCAUCAUCACCACAGAAUAGUAACGCAAAUAAUUUCAUCACUUUAAAUUAUGAACUAAUGCCAGCAAUUAUCGAACUCACCUUCAUGGACCGAAAAAAAUAUAUCGGAAAAAAGGGAAAAAAAAACUCGAGAGGAAUGAAAUGAUUUCUUCUUUGAAUCGAGAACACAGGAGAAAACCCACUCGAGAGAAUAAUGAGGCGAGGCUUUGGUGAACGUCUGGUUAUAUAGACGUACCGUGGGGUACAUUGUGGUGGGGCAGAAUGGGCAUCAUCUAUGGGGGCCUUCUCAGUGGGCCGCCUCGAGGCGACAGACGUCCCAUGGUUUUGAUACAUAACAGAAUUGAAAGAAAAGAUUAAAAAUUGUUUUCACCAGUUCGAGACUUGAUGACUUUAUGAUUUCAUGAGUUUGACGAUUGAUAACUCCGCGGAUAUUGUUAUUUCAUGAUUUUAUGACGUGAUAAUUAUCGAUUUAUGGGAAUUUAUUACUUGGAUACUUCAUGGAUUCCUUUUUUUAUGACUCUAUGAGUUGAAAAGUUCAGGUCUUUACUGGUUCAUAAUUUCUAGACGUUAGAUUUUUAUGAUCUUCAUGACUGCCGAUUUUCGCGACUUUGAAAACGUCAAAUUUUUGGGAUUUGACAUCGUACUCUCGAAAUAUUGAAGGAAAAAUCAUUGAAAUGGGAAAGAUUUUGAUACUUCGGUCCCUAAUUACUACCCGAAGGGUUUGGGCUACUGCGUACCCUCAGUAGACGAUGUUAGCGUAGCCUCAAGGCUGUAAAAACCUGAUUUUUUUAAAGGAUUAAUUCACCUCUCCGUGAUCUCGUCGAUGUUUAUCAGGUGAGAUCUCUGAAAUUCGGGGAUUAUGGUACCUGGCGCCGGGGCCAGCCGACAGGUGACAUAACUUCACGUGUAUCCUUCUGAGAGAUUGUCAGGAUUUUCACAGGUCUGGGUGACUAAAAUACCGUUGAAUAUUCUCGUUGGUAUUCUAUUGAAAUCCCUCAGUUAGUGAUUCCGUAGGAAAUCAUCGUUUAUUUAUUCCAUUUUAAUUUUUGGAGAAAAUCUCACAAGACCAUUUCUGAAGAGAAUUCAAUAUUCUAUAAAAAAUGUCUUUUGACAUUUUUUCCUAAACUCCUUCCUUGCCGAUAUAAUCGGCAAUAAACAACAUCUUCUCAAUGGGCAGAUAUAAUAAUCGACUUGAAUCUUUCAUUAGCACUUUUUCAUUUAUUCUUCUUUGUUCGCUUCAGCAAGCGUAUCAUAUCAUCUUCUGAAAAUUCAGAGCAACCUCGAGGAUUCAUCCCUCAUUCGCAUAAUUACCUAAUGAGGUCAAUGAGAGAACGAACAUUCAUUAUUUUCAACUGAGAAUCAUCAUUUUGCAUAUCACUUUCACCUCUGCGACAAAUACAAUAAAAAUUCAUGAGACUAUCAGAUUACUAUCUAAUCGAUCCGAUGAAGUGCGUAAAUUUCUCGCGAAAAAAAAAAAUCUGCAUUUUUUUAAAUCCUCGCGAGGAUAACGACGAGAUAUUUAUAAUUUAUGAUAAAUUCAUCAGUUUCGACAGUUUUUCGGCAAUUAAUUAUGAAAUCGAAUCGGUACUUUUGGGAAUUUCUCAAUUAAAAACGAGGGUCAAUGGGACUGAUCCUCGGAAUAAGGCACGUGACGAAUAUUCAUCUGUGGAGGCACGGCACGCCGACCUUGCCAUACACGCAAAUCUCGUUUCUUCGUUUUCGCAAUUGCACUCCUCCCUCCCCCAGUUUUAUCCGUCUUAAGGCAACAUUGAAUUAUUUGUCUGUCCCUUUUGGGGCCACCCAUAAAGAAAAUUCAACAAAUUUAUUUUCCUACUCAAUUUUUUUUUCAUUUUAAAAUUUAUACGUUUGAAUUUUCACUCGAUUUUUAUCCAUAUUUCAAUUUUUUAAUGCUCAAGAAUUAUCAUCAUCUGGUAGUUCCCAACAUUUUGUAAUAAAAUAAAUAGUCGAUUGUGUCGAGGUGACGUCAGGUAAAUUCCCUUCCAGCCUUGAUAUUUCAAUCCCUGGAAAUUGGAAUUUCGUAAUUAAUUAACCCUCUAAUGACGAUCCGGGAUAGUUUCACCUUCAGUAUAUUCUCAUCUAUCACCUGUCACACCUCACAAUUCUCAAAUGAACAAAUCAUUAAAAAAGAAUAACGAUUACCGAAAUAAUAAGGAAGAAAAGUGAAACUCUUGGAGAUUACGUGCACUGAGGGAAUGAUUUUUAAGGGGGAUAAGAAAAUACGGGACAUUGUCUCACUUUUUCAAUGAUUCAUAAGUAAUCGAUUUACGAGGAUACGAGAGGCAUAACAAAUCUCCCCUUCCUCCCCCUCGAUGUAGAGACAUGUGAUUAUUGCCCAAUCCCUGACACCUAUCUCGUGACUUGCAUGGGAUGAUCGUACAAUCACCCUUCGUUUUUCAUUGAGCACAUUUUCAACUCUACAGUUUUUCAUUUCCCUUUGCACAAUAAAAUUUGUAUUCUUAUUUCUUAUUUCCCCUCAAAAUUGCCUUUUCAUUUAUCGAUUAUUACUUUUCCGAAUUUUAAUCGCUUGAGAAGUGAAAAGGAAAGUGAUAGAGUUGAAAAUAAUUGAACGAUUAAAAUUUUUGUGAACUCAACUUUUUCUUUUUUUUCUAUUAAUAAAAUUUUCAUUCUGUCCUGUUAUUUCUUCGAUUGAAAUUAUUUUGAGGGAGGGGAGUUUGAGCGAUACAUCAGAAACCUUGAGCCACAUGAUGGUAUAAACGAGAAACCGCCAGUUGAGAACAUAGUCACGAGUUCCAGCACUUUCUUGGGGACUAGAAGUUGAAAAAUACCUGAACACUGUUACCAUCUUCGUACAGUGGGGGAUAAUUACGUGAGCAAUAUAUUCAUAUUGGGAAUUUCAAUGUUGAUAGCAUAAUUUCAUAAUUCCCAAAAAUCGACAUUUUUCUUAAAACCAAUAAACAUCAGUGAAAUGGGAAAAAUAAACGGAGGAAUUUCUUGGAUUCAGCUUAAUAUUUUAUUUAUUAAUUAAUCAUCAAUUAUUUCACAAAUAAAUUUUUGUUCACUCGAGAUAUCGUAAUAUCCAGAAUUAUGAUUAUUUACAAUGGACAGACUAGACCCCGCGGGGUUCAUCAUUCUCCUUCAUUAACGUUUUAUCAUUAAUUUUUUCUUCUGUCAAUCAUUCAUCUCUGGAAUAAUUAAUUAAUGGUACUUUUAACCAUUAGAACGGAAUAAAAAAUCAUUUGUUCACUGAACUUAUGAGCUACCGGUGAAGGGUUUGCCUCGAUCAAUAAUCCUCUCGGUGUUUAAUCAACCUUUAUCUUCAUUAUAAUGGACUAUUUAUUGUUCAGCAGUAACAGGUGGAAAAAAUAAAAAACUUGGUCUUUCAAAUUAAAAUCAUAAAUCGAAUUCGAAAGAAAAUACUCGAUGUUUCAAACAAUUCUCUUCACUUCUGGAUGAGAAACAAAAGCGGAUUAACAUUGAGUCUAUUUUUUAUCAAUUAAAUCAAAUGUUAAUAGUUUAAAAAUAUUUUUUGAACUGGGAAUUACAAUUACGUGGUUAAAUCCCCAAAUAUCUUGAGAACGAGUGGACUUGGGUGAAAAUAUCAGAUGAAUUUUUUAGCGGAAAAUUUCAUUUUCCAUAAAACAUAUUCCGUACGAUUUGUUCGCAAAACAAAAUAGCUUAAUUUUGCUGGAUAAAAUUUUUUUUCCAAAUCAACAGCAAAUCUAUCGAACUUCAGCAAGAUGCAAAGACGAGUGUAUUCCACAGAUAACAGCUAUUUAUUCAUAUAAAAACCCUUCUUUGGCUAUUUUCGAUUAUGUUCAUAACUUGAAUGUUUCCUUCGUUAAUUAAAUAUUUACGAUUUUUGUAUUUAUUCAGUAUUCUGUUGUUUUUAUCAUUCACAUCAUGUGUUGACCAUUGGGGGGAGGAUAUUGAGGCUGUUGGGGUGG